CGGGCCGUCCCGUGACGUCACCCACCCCGACCGGACCGCCGUCGCUCGCUGUUGGCGCCCGGACCUCCGGACGAAGAGAAAGCCACCGAGCCGAUCCGAGCGAGCCGCCGCCGGGAAAGGGCUCGCCGCCUCCGGCCUUGCACCGACCAUGGCCUCCGACGGCACGGACGAGCGCUCCCCGCUGCUGUCCACCCCCAACUCCGAGAACGUCACCCCCAACGCGCCGCCCUACCUACACGCUCCCAGCCCGCGAGCGGAACUGCCGCCGCCGUACACGGCCAUCGCCAGCCCGGACGCGGGCGGCGUUCCCGUCAUCAACUGCCACGUGUGCCAGUCGCUCAUCCACCUUGACGGCAAGCUGCACCAGCACGUGGUGAAGUGCACGCUGUGCAACGAGGCCACCCCCAUUAAGAACCCGCCCACGGGGAAAAAGUACGUGAGGUGCCCCUGCAACUGCCUGCUCAUCUGCAAAGACACUUCCAGGAGGAUAGGAUGCCCGCGACCCAACUGCAGACGCAUCAUCAACCUGAGCCCGGUGAUGGUGAUCCCCGAGGAGCAGCCCGCCCAGCCGGCGCUGCCCGUGCAGCCCGAGGGGAUGCGGGUGGUCUGCGGCCACUGCGGCAACACCUUCCUGUGGAUGGAGGUGCGCUUCAACACGUUAGCCAAGUGUCCACACUGCAAAAAGAUCUCGUCUGUUGGCAGUGCACUCCCUAGGCGGCGCUGUUGCGCUUAUAUCACUGUAGGGAUGAUCUGCGUCUUCAUUGGCGUGGGUUUAACCGUGGGCACUCGAGACUUCGCCCGUCGCUACAACGCCACGUACGUGUCGUGGGCGCUGGCCUACCUGGUGGGCGUCAUCUGUCUGGUGCGGGCGUGCUACUGGGGCGCCAUCAAGGUCAGCUACCCGGAGAACAGCUUCGCUUAGGAAGCCCCGCCCUCAAACCUCAUCUGACCUUUUAGCCUUUUGCUCCCGUUUGUCUCCACUCGCUGAUGCAAUACACAAUGUUUUUAUUUUUUUUUGUUUUUGUUUUUUUUAAAGUGAAUGACCAAACUGAGACAAACUCAUUGCACUACAUUUUUUUUUUUUUUUUUUAAGUUCGUUUUGCUGCUCGUUAGUGACCAGCUGAAGGAAGCUGUGUGGCCAUUUACUGUAAUGCGGGGGGUGUCCUUACUAUUCAAAAGGCGACAUAUCCGGCACGGGCGUUCAUGAGGCAGAGCGCACGAAAAUCAGCAGAGAACUUAUGCUGGGAAACACGCCGCUAUUUCGGAUUAAAGGUGCCAUUUUGCGGGGAUUUUAGGCCGUGUCAAGCUAACGCAGUUGACUAGCUCAAACGCAAAAGCCGACAAACGCCGUUGAAGUCAAUUUGAUUGACGCCCACCAAAAUCUAAGCAUGUAUGAUAGACAGAUGUAGGCAAUAAAUUGCUGAAGUUGUGACUUUUCGCCAUAGGGUAAUGGGCGGGGUUUAGGGGUCAACUUUGACAUUUUGCCAAGAAAUGCAUACCGCCCCCUGGAGUCAGAGAAAAUAAUGACAUCCAGCACCAGCGCGUCCAAUUAGCACUCAAUCCGGCACGUGUGUUCAUCAUAACAGGGCGCACAAACGUCAACAUAUAGCCAGCGCUUGGCAACACUCAGGUCGUCUGCCAUUUUGUGUCGAAUGUUCGGACACCCCUGCUAAUGCUAACGUAACCACUAAGCUGUACACUGACGAAAUACUGUAUCCGUGUAAGCUUUGAAACUCCCAACUGUGCCGACGUUUGCCCUGCAGUAUUACCCGAGCAUCUCGCCAACAGGAGUUAAUUUAUUAUCGUUCACUCUUUUGUUUGCUUUAAAAGCAAUACAGCAAUCAUUAAGUUAUUGUUAUUUUUGUUUUUCUACAUGCCAUUGUCUGUCUGCAUGUCGCCCGGUUUUCGUCGCGUCGCACAACACUCCCGCCUCCUGCCUGUGAUCUAUUUCAAAGAAUGUAAUCCUAGUGUAGCGCUCGGCAUCCCGUGGCUCAACCGGUGGGUGGCGUUUUAUUUUGAAUGUGAAGUGGAGGGUGGCGACGUGAAAGAAAGAAUGACUCUUUGUACAUAUUGCAGAGGGCAAAGCUUGGUUCUUUUUCAAAAUGAUUAUUUAUCAAUAAAAAAGACAAAAGCGGA